AUGUUCGUGGAGUAUCUUCCUGACUCCGAUUUUUCGCAUAACCUGUUACGCCAGCAUUUCUGCCGGAGGCAUACAAAGCAUUAUUAUACCAUCAGUAAGGGCUUGCAAAUCAGGACACGUAUUAAUAUUGUAACCGAUUCUAAGAAAUUUUUGUCGCUAUACGGAGCAUUAAGAGUCCGUAAUUCUUUGCGAAGCCGAGAGAGCCUAGAGGACCCAGUCAUUCGUAUCAUUACGCUUGCCCGUUUAUCGAAGGCGUCUUCGUGCUUGAUUCCGCUUUCUAUAAUCCGUAAGGCCUUUGAGCAAUCCAGAAGUAAGUAUGAAGAACAAAAAAAUUCUCUGCUUCGCAGAGCGCUCUGCGCUUCCUUAUCAAUAUGUCUACCCCUGUAUAAUCUGAUCGUGCGCGUGGAAAACGUACUAGCCAUUUUCUUGGGGUAUCGCGAUAUUGUUUACCCAUUCUUCGUCACUAUAGACUGGUGUAUCCUCAUUCUCCCAUUCACGGAGAUAUAUCUCCUCACCUAUCAACCGCUCAAUAGAGCCGGGUCAUUCGAAGCAACCGAGAUGUUUCCCGUAAGAUCUGCUGAAUUGCCAGUUGCUACAAAGGCCAUCGCGAAAUAUCAGAGGCGUUUAUCUGCUAAAAAUUUUCCCGAAAUUCUUUGCAGUCUUAUUGUCAAUACUGGAGCAUCUCUCGACCUAGCUUCAAAAAAGAUAUCAGCUCAGCUAAAUCUGACCGUGAAUUGCGAGAAAAUUGAAGCUGCCGAUGCGGAAUUAAUGGCCAAUGCCCCAGACAUUAGUCCUGACGACGCUGAAAUUAUCAAACAAAUGCCUACCGUUAUUUACCGAUUACAACGCCAUUAUUUAUAUGCUUCAGGUUAUUUGUAUCUCAAAUCGUUUAGUGAAUUAUUAAAGGGAUUGGAACGACGAUUGAAAUUCAAUGGGCAUUCGAGUUCAUAUGUAACCCUGGCAUGGUCACCUCAAUGCUUCUGUAAGGGAUUUAUGCCAUUAUCCAGUAUAGCGUUGGGAAGCAAAGCUGGCAUUAUUACUUUGUGGAGUUAUACUUACUAUCUUGUUUACAAGAUUGAUGCGUGUCGGUCCUGGAUAAUUACUUUGGAAUGGUCGCGCUGGUGGACGACUGAUGACGAUACAAGUCAGUUUGGUACUGAUGUUGUGAUGAUAAGAAGAUCAGAGCUACCUGAUCAGGAGGAAGAUGAGAUUAAUGCAGAGAAAGAAACUGUUUUACUUGAAGGAGACAAACGAGAGCCUUGUUUUAAUAAAAUGUGUUAUCAACGCGAUAAACUCGCCAUGAGCAAAAUGUCUAUGCUAUUUAUAUGGGCGCCAACGCUUCCUGUUUAUGACAAUUUUGAAUCUGUCAUGCCAAUCACUUUUGAUUUCUCUGAUACUGUGCUCAUUGCCGGCAUAAGCUGGAAUAAUGAUGGUACUCAACUGAGCGCCUUCAGCUUGGAAGGAAAGCAAUGGGUUCUCGACAUUUCAGAUUUUGGCAAAUUAAUUAACAAAGCCGCUACGGAACGCUUGAGGGAAAAUGUAGAAAAUCAGUUAAAAGACGCGUUUUGGAAGGUGAUGGUCGACGAAAAAGAUCCCGAAAAUGAAAGUGAAGAUGAUGAAGGCGACGAUGAAAUUGGUUCUCCACUACCCUUUAAUAUUGAUGGGCUUGACGCCUAUCUGUGUUUUGUCCUGACCGAAAACGAUGAACUUGAUGUUGGCAUAAUAGAAACGUACUCUAACGGUCUUGCAUUGUCAAUCGAGAAUAAACAUUUGAUUCUGGAAGCCUCCCCCGCUUAUCUUCUCUGGGAUUUCCUCGAAUAUGCCGAUUUCGAACUGCAUUUUGAUGGACCCGAUAACUUUUCGAAUCUCGUGCAAACUUGUGAACGGCAAUACACGAAAUUUUCUGAAACGUCGCUGAUAGACUAUUGGGAACAAACAUCUGGAUUUGAUAUUCUGUACGUCUGCAAGUCAGCACUUACUUUUCUUAAGCACUUAGAACUCAGCAGUGAGCUUCUAUCCAAAUCAGAAGGAAUGAAAUAUGAGCACAUAUCACUGAUUGAAAAGCAGCAGCUGAACAUUAUUUUAAAAGUGGCGGAUUAUG